UAAAAAUAAAAGUCGGAAACUUUUUACCAAAUUAAACUGCUCUUUAUAGUCCGAGUGCAAGUGGUUACCAAGGAUAACUUUCAACGUGAUAAAAUAGACUCCCCCACUUUCUUUCUUGCCAACCGUUUGAACUCAGUUUAAAACUAACCAUCUCAAAAGAGUCACACACAAACUUCUCCAUGGCCUCCAUUUCUGCAAUCUCCGUCCUCCUCUUCCUCACAUUUUCUGCCUCACUUUCGGCAGCUCUAUCUGCUUCCGUCAUAGAAGACCUCAGGAACUUAAAACCACCGCAUGAUUUUAACUCCACGAUCACCAAAAACUGCCAUCACAACCCAUCACUCAGAUACUGCAGUUCCUUACCUAUGGACCUUGAUGAGAUUUUCAAAUCCACCAUUGUUGCAAGCCAUCUCUGCAACGAGUCCAAGAAUCCAAACUGCAUCGAAUCAUUCCCUAAAAUAGACCUUCAAAACCGCCCAAUGAUCACGCCGCUCUACUUGUCAUUCAACUUCUUUUGGAAGUAUUGCCCUUUGAGCAUCUUAACUAUUGACUUAUCCAACAGUUCCUUAGACAGCAAUUUUCCCAUUGAUGUUCUUCAAUGCACCCAAAUCCAAGCUCUUGAUAUGAGCCAUAAUGACCUUUACGGCGAUGUCCCAAUAGAGAGCUUCUCUCCGCUUACCAACCUCACUUCUCUUAAUUUAUCAUACAAUCACUUCUCUGAGAGUAAAAUCUCUGAUGCCCUCUUCUUUAAGCGGUUCAAUUCUUCGAGUUUUCUCCAUUCGGGUCUACUCCCCGAUAAGAAAAAGUUCAGGAUCAAGGCUGUAAUCUUGUUGGUUGGUUUUCCGAUCUUUGUGAUCCUGAUGGUGUGUUGCUUGGGGUGGCUUUGUUUCCGGAGGCCUGAUUUCCUCCCAAGAAUGCUUCGAAGAAAGCACCGGUUUACAUCAGCAAUGCUUAAGGCAGCAACAAAUGGAUUUUCGAAAAGAAAUUUGAAGGGGAAGAGUGAAGCAGUUGAUAUCUACAAAGGAACUCUGAGAGAUGGUACUGAUGUCAGGAUUGAGAUUUACCGAGGAGAAAACCACCCGAACUUGAUUGAAGAAUGCAAGGUUCUUGUUCAGUUAUGCCACAAGAACUUGGUUAGUAUAUUGGGUUGGUGCAAUAACAGAAGGUUGAGAGCCAUCGUAACUGAAUGGAUGGAAGGUGAGAGCCUUGAGAUGUGGCUGUUGGAGGCAAACAGUACACCAUGGAAUCACAGGCUGAAGAUAUUGAUGGGGGUUGUGGAAGGCAUUUGUUAUCUGCAGGAGGAAUGGCCUGAAGUUGGAUAUGACCUCAGGACAAGCAGUAUCUUGCUGUCAAACAAUCUGGAACCGCGAAUUUCGAGGUUUAAGGUCGGGGAUCAAAGCAGUAGAAGUAAGUCGAUCCAUGAAUUCGGAGUGCUUCUACUAGAGAUGCUCGUAAACAGGCGACCGCAGGAAGACUUUGAGACGGGGGAGGCUGGUUUUCUCGAGUAUAUCAGAAUGCAUUAUCCUGAAAAUUUGCAGAAGGUGAUGGACAAGAAAUUGGCGACACAAGAUACUUUUGAUCAAGCUAAACAGGCAAUAGGCCUAGGGCUAAUGUGUACAGACAUACCCAGCAACCAACAACUAGGGUUGGGUCAAGUGUUUGAUAUCAUUAGUCGAGCCUACCAGUCUUGCAGGGUUUUAGCAUCACAUAACCGCGAAAGAUUACAUGCCGAAAGAGGUAAAGGGCACAAGCGCAUACUAUCGAGAUGA